UUCGCUGAGGGGAAAAAAAUAAAAGUGUCUCGUGCCCCGUUGCCGUUCUGUCACGAGCCUGGUCCGGUGGUGUCGAUCGAACGAGCGGAGAGGCCCGGAAACCGGCUGCGUGCGAACCGUGUAGUCUAACAGAAAUAUAUACCUAUAUAACUAUAUAUAUACAUCUAGGUGUGUAUAAAGAUAAACGAUCUGCGCGCGCGGGCGGAGUGCGUCGGGCUGAUGAUCUCUCUGAGCGCGUUAUAGCGCUAGCAUAGCUGCUCGGCUAGCUGACUCACAGUGAGGAGAGGACGGCUUUAAUAAGCUCUGACACCGGCCGCGGGCAUUUCACACAGAAUAACACACACUGUGCUAACCUCCCAGUCCCGGUGAGGUGUGGGCAGAGUCCGCGCGCUGCUCCGGUGGGACCGGAGUUCCUGUCAGAGAGAGCGAGCGGGCCGAGGGACGUCUGGGGGCGCGAGGACACCGUGCGAGACACACCGAGCGCCGCAAAAAGCCUGACCCCAAUCCCGCCGCGCGCAUCACUCUCGUGCACACCCUGCUAGCAGCGAUAGCAUCCUCGCGCUCAAAAUCACCUCAGAGCGCCUAGGAGCGGGCUAGCACCGCGUUAGCAUCUCAGCUAACUCCCUGCGCUAUUAGGGUUGUGCUGUUCGCUAACCGAACCUCGCUUUAUCCAGACCCACUUACAUCUGGAGGCAAUUAGUCAGGAGAGAAGAGAGACGGAAUAGUGUGUGUUAGAGACACCGGGAGAGAGAGAGACGGAAUAGUGUGUGUUAGAGACACCGGGAGAAAGAGAGACGAUGCCGGCCGUGUCGAAGGGAGACGGGAUGCGGGGAUUAGCCGUGUUCAUCUCGGACAUCAGGAACUGUAAAAGUAAGGAGGCUGAGAUCAAGCGCAUUAACAAGGAGCUGGCCAACAUUCGCUCCAAGUUUAAAGGAGACAAGGCUCUCGAUGGAUACAGCAAGAAGAAGUACGUGUGUAAGCUGCUCUUCAUCUUCCUGCUGGGACACGACAUCGACUUCGGCCACAUGGAGGCCGUCAACCUGCUCAGCUCCAACAAGUACACCGAGAAACAGAUCGGCUAUCUGUUUAUCUCAGUGUUGGUGAACAGUAACAGCGAGCUGAUCCGGCUGAUCAAUAACGCCAUAAAGAAUGAUUUGUCGAGCAGGAACCCCACCUUCAUGUGUCUGGCCCUGCACUGCAUCGCCAACGUGGGCAGCAGGGAGAUGGCCGAGGCGUUCGCCGGGGAGAUCCCACGCAUCCUGGUGGCGGGGGACACGAUGGACAGUGUGAAGCAGUCAGCCGCUCUGUGUCUGCUGCGUCUGUAUAAGACGUCUCCGGACCUGGUGCUGAUGGGGGAGUGGACGUCCCGAGUGGUUCAUUUACUCAACGAUCAGCACAUGGGUGUGGUCACUGCAGCCAUCUCGCUCAUCACCUGCCUCAGCCAGAAAAACCCAGACGAGUUUAAGACCUGUGUGUCCCUGGCCGUGUCCCGUCUCAGCAGGAUCGUGUCCUCGGCGUCCACCGACCUGCAGGACUACACCUAUUACUUUGUCCCUGCCCCCUGGCUGUCCUGUAAGCUGCUGCGUCUCCUGCAGUGCUACCCUCCUCCUGAGGAUGGCGCUGUUAAAGGGCGUCUGGUGGAGUGUUUAGAGACGAUCCUGAACAAAGCGCAGGAGCCUCCGAAAUCCAAGAAGGUUCAGCACUCCAACGCCAAGAACGCCAUCCUGUUCGAGGCCAUCGCGCUCAUCAUUCACUAUGACAGUGAGCCCAACCUGCUGGUGCGAGCGUGUAAUCAGCUGGGUCAGUUCCUGCAGCACAGAGAGACUAACCUGCGCUACCUGGCCUUGGAGAGCAUGUGCACACUCGCCAGCUCCGAGUUCUCCCAUGAGGCCGUCAAAACACACAUCGAGACCGUCAUCAACGCCCUCAAGACUGAGCGAGACGUGAGCGUGCGUCAGAGGGCGGCUGACCUGCUCUACGCCAUGUGUGACCGCAGUAAUGCUAAGCAGAUUGUGGCUGAGAUGCUGAGUUACCUGGAGACGGCGGACUACUCCAUCCGUGAGGAGAUGGUGCUGAAGGUGGCCAUCCUGGCGGAGAAGUACGCAGUGGACUACUCCUGGUACGUGGACACCAUCCUCAACCUGAUCCGAAUCGCCGGCGACUACGUGAGCGAGGAAGUGUGGUACCGCGUCAUCCAGAUCGUCAUCAACCGUGACGACGUGCAGGGCUACGCUGCCAAGACCGUCUUUGAGGCUCUACAGGCUCCAGCAUGUCAUGAGAACAUGGUGAAGGUCGGGGGUUACAUCCUGGGAGAGUUUGGGAACCUUAUUGCUGGUGAUCCUCGUUCUAGUCCACUGGUCCAGUUUAACCUGCUCCACUCGAAGUUCCACCUCUGCUCGGUUCCUACUCGUGCUCUGCUUCUCUCUGCCUACAUAAAGUUCAUAAACCUGUUCCCCGAGACCAAGAGCACCAUCCAGGAGGUUCUGCGCUGUGACAGUCAGAUCAGGAACAGUGACGUGGAGCUCCAGCAGAGAGCCGUGGAGUAUCUCAAGCUCUCCUCCAUCGCCAGCACCGACGUUCUGGCCACAGUGCUGGAGGAGAUGCCCCCGUUCCCUGAGAGAGAGUCCUCCAUCUUGGCCAAGCUGAAGAAGAAGAAGGGUCCGGGUGCCGUGUCCGGCAACGAGCUGGAGGACGGAAAGAGGGAGGGGGGAGAGCUGAACGGAGGGGGAGGAGGAGGGGGAGGGGAGCGCCCCGGGGACACUUCUGCUCUUACAGCAUCCAACGCAUCCACUCCCUCUCCUUCAGCCGAUCUCCUCGGUCUCCGUUCCUCUGCCCCUGUCAGUGCGGCCCCACCCAGUGCAGGCAGCCUAUUGGUGGAUGUGUUCUCAGAGGCUGGGCCUGCUGCUCCGCCCGCUCCGGUCCGUGAUGAUGGCUUCUUCAGAGAUCUGGAACCUCCCACUGAGAGCUCUGACUCCUUAUUGGCUGAGGGUCCUGGUGACUCGGACUCUGCUCCUCAAACUGUGGCGUCUGAAGAGCCUGCUCCUCCGCUGCCCGAGUCAGACGAUCUGAUUAGCAAGUUUGUGUGUAAGAAUAAUGGGGUUCUGUUUGAGAACCAGCUGCUGCAGAUUGGCAUUAAGUCGGAGUAUCGCCAGAACCUUGGGAGAAUGUACUUGUUCUACGGCAAUAAGACAUCGGUCCAGUUUGUCAGCUUCACAACCACUGUGAGCUGCCCAGGAGAACUUCAGUCUCAGUUGAAUGUUCAGCUGAAACCUGUGGAUCCUCUGGUGGAAGCUGGAGCUCAGGUGCAGCAGGUCAUCAACAUCGAGUGUCUGUCUGACUUCUCUGAUGCUCCGCUUCUCAACAUCAAGUUUAGGUACGGUGGAUCUCUGCAUAACCUGGUCCUUGAGCUCCCUGUCACCAUUAACAAGUUCUUCCAGCCCACUGAGAUGACCUCACACGACUUCUUUCAGCGCUGGAAACAGCUCAGCCAGCCCCAGCAGGAAGCACAGAAGAUCUUUAAGGCGAACAACCCCAUGGACAGAGAGAUGCUUAAAGCCAAGUUGUUGGGAUUAGGUACAGCUCUUCUGGAAAACGUAGAUCCGAACCCCGAGAACUUUGUUUGUGCUGGAGUGAUUCAGACCAAGGCACAGCAGGUGGGCUGUCUCCUGAGACUCGAACCCAAUGCUCAGGCACAGAUGUACCGGUUGACUCUCCGCAGCAGUAAGGACACCGUCGCUAAGCGUCUGUGCGACCUGCUGGCGGAACAGUUCUAGAACCCGGCUUCUAGAACCAGCGUGCAGACCAUCACGUUCUAGACCCAGAGCAGACCAGCGCCCCCUCCCCCCUCCCCCUCCCCCUCCUCCUCCUCCAGAACCGCUCAGACAUAAGGAACCCGUCUGCCUGACCGCGGCGGCCUUCAUCACUGUUCUCACCCUGAUUAUUACUCAUCAUCAUCAUCAUCAGCGCCACUCUCCCUGUGUUCAAUCGGUGUGUGUGUGUGUGUGUGUGUGUGUGUGUGUGUGUGUGUG